CGUUUGUCCCGCCUAUUGGCCGUUUCCUCAGCUGCACUCACACAUCUGCUUCCUUUGUGCCGGACGGUAGCUAACAAGAGGAGAGGCCUCUGUCUUCCUCCAUCAUGCUGUCGAAUAAGAAGGACCCAGGCUCUUCCUCUUCGUCAUCCUCUUCCUCAUCGGGAGGGAGCGGGGCCGAUCGGGCCCUGGAGACCUCGGCGAGCUCCCAGUCGGGGGCGGCGCCCGGCUCCACCGCCUCUUCAGCGGACGUAAAAAAGAAAGAAAGGGCGUCUCCGAGCGGAGACGCGAGCGGGGCGCCUCUGCCUCACCUACCCGGUUCGGCAGGGGCGGAUCAGGACUCGGCCGAGGGCCGCAGGACCAGCCGCCGCAAGAGAGCCAAACAGGUGGAGUACAGGGAGAUGGACGAGAGCCUGGCGAACCUCUCGGAGGACGAGUACUACUCGGAGGAGGAGAGGAACGCUAAGGCAGAAAAAGAGCGAAAGCAGGUGGUCCCUCCCCCUGCACCGCCUGUGGAGGAGGAGAAUGACAGUGAGCCAGAGGAACCCUCGGGGUUAGAGGGCGCAGCCUUUCAGAGUCGCCUCCCACAUGACCGAAUGACAUCACAGGAAGCAGCGUGUUUCCCUGACAUCAUCAGCGGGCCACAGCAGACACAGAAGGUCUUCCUGUACAUCAGGAACCGCACGCUUCAGCUCUGGUUGGAUAACCCAAAGAUCCAGCUCACGUUCGAGUCUACGGUGCAACAGCUGGAGGCACCUUACAACAGUGAUGCUGUCCUCGUCCACAGAAUCCACAGCUACCUGGAGCGGCAUGGCCUCAUCAACUUCGGCAUCUACAAGAGAGUCAAACCUCUCCCAAGUAAGAAAACAGGGAAGGUGAUUGUGAUUGGUGGAGGAGUGUCCGGUCUGGCGGCUGCAAGGCAACUGCAGAGCUUCGGCAUGGACGUCACUGUGCUGGAAGCCAGGGACCGUGUUGGAGGACGAGUGGCCACCUUUCGUAAAGGCAAUUAUGUGGCGGACCUGGGAGCCAUGGUGGUAACAGGCCUAGGUGGAAACCCUAUGGCCGUUAUCAGUAAGCAGGUGAAUAUGGAGCUGGCCAAGAUUAAACAGAAGUGCCCGCUUUAUGAGGCCAACGGCCAGGCUGGAGAGCGAUGCACAAGCGUUCCUAAGGAGAAGGAUGAGAUGGUGGAGCAAGAGUUUAACAGGCUUCUGGAGGCCACGUCCUACCUCAGCCACCAGCUCGACUUCAACUUCCUCAACAACAAACCGGUGUCUCUCGGCCAAGCCUUGGAAGUGGUGAUACAGCUGCAGGAGAAACACGUGAAGGACGAGCAGAUCGAGCACUGGAAGAAGAUCGUAAAGACGCAAGAAGAGCUCAAAGAGCUCCUUAACAAGCUGGUGUCCACUAAGGAGAAGGUGAAGGAGCUCCAUCAACAGUACAAGGAGGCGAGUGAAGUGAAGCCUCCAAGGGACAUCACGGCCGAGUUCCUGGUCAAGAGCAAACACCGCGAUCUUACUGCCCUCUGCAAGGAAUAUGAUGCAUUGGCUGAGCAGCAGGUAAAACUUGAGGAGAGAUUGCAGGAACUGGAGGCAAAUCCACCCAGUGAUGUGUAUCUGUCAUCAAGAGACAGACAGAUUCUGGACUGGCACUUUGCAAACCUGGAGUUUGCCAACGCCACACCUUUGUCUACUCUCUCUCUCAAACACUGGGAUCAGGAUGAUGAUUUUGAGUUCACAGGGAGUCACCUGACUGUGAGAAACGGCUACUCGUGUGUUCCAGUGGCUCUGGCUGAGGGAUUGGACAUUAAGCUGAACACGGCCGUGCGUCAGGUGCGCUACACCUCCUCAGGCUGUGAGGUGAUCGCCGUGAACACGCGCUCGACUACGCAGACGUUUAUCUAUAAAUGUGACGCAGUGCUGUGCACGCUUCCCCUGGGAGUGAUGAAGCAGCAGCCACCCGCAGUACAGUUUGUGCCUCCGCUCCCUGAGUGGAAGAGCUCUGCUAUCCAGAGGAUGGGCUUCGGCAACCUCAAUAAGGUGGUGCUGUGUUUCGACCGUGUGUUUUGGGACCCGAGUGUGAACCUGUUCGGUCAUGUAGGUAGCACCACAGCCAGCCGUGGAGAGCUCUUCCUCUUCUGGAACCUUUACAAAGCCCCCAUCCUGCUGGCGCUGAUGGCCGGAGAGGCUGCAGGCAUUAUGGAGAACAUCAGCGACGAUGUCAUCGUGGGCCGUUGCCUAGCAAUCCUCAAGGGAAUCUUCGGGAGUAGUGCGGUUCCUCAGCCAAAGGAGACGGUGGUGACGCGAUGGCGUGCAGACCCCUGGGCUCGUGGCUCGUACUCUUACGUGGCGGCCGGGUCCUCCGGCAACGACUAUGACCUCAUGGCUCAGCCGAUCACGCCCGGACCUGCCAUACCCGGGGCCUCACAGCCCGUUCCUCGUCUCUUCUUCGCCGGAGAGCACACGAUCCGGAACUAUCCGGCGACGGUACACGGAGCACUGCUGAGCGGCCUCAGGGAGGCAGGACGCAUCGCCGAUCAAUUCCUAGGCGCCAUGUACACAGUGCCGCGGCAGAACACGCCCGCUGCCAACCCCCAGCCCUCUCCCAGUGUGUAGACACACAUAUGUGUAUAUAUAUAUACACACACACACACACACACACACAAGCCUCAUCUAGCAUGUAGGAGCUCAUGUGUAUACAUCCUCUUGUCCAGUUUAUAUAGAUCUUGACACACACACACACACACACCCACCUUUAGCCCAGAGCAGAACCAUCCCACACUAUCCCACAGAGUGUUUAAGUACCGACAGAAAGAAAGAGAAAAAGAAAGAAUAAAUGGAAGUGAGAAAGUAUGGAACCUAUCACCUGUAUUGAACUUAAAAAAAAAAUGUUUGUGCGCGCGCAAAAUUACUGAUCUCCAAAAGGAAGCUGGAGUUUAAAGGAAGCUCUACCUCUUCCUGAUGGUCAGCGGUGGAAAAGCGUCAUCGCAGGAGGAGUCGCCGCAUUUCACUUCGGAGAAUUUCCUGGAAUUUACCACGAAUUUUCAGGAAUAAUUGUUACCUCGUUCGUUUGUGUGCUUUACAGCUCGUUCCUGGACAAACUGCAAAGCACACAAACGCGCACAUAAAUACAUGCUGCAGCUUGAACUUGGCAAACACACACACAAACACACACACAAACACGCACACACCACCGUAAUCUGUUUGACUGAGGAUUAAAAGUACAGCUAGUGGACUUCCUGGUGAACACACCCAUCUCUUGAACACACACACACACACACACACACUCUCUC